CUGCCAAAUAGUAGUCCCUACUGCCCUAAUAACACACGGCGCCCCACCGAGGGAAUUUCAGCCCAAGGAAACAAAGUUUCCACAAAAGUAGCACUUGGUGACAUGGGCCUUGGCCAAAGAAACAGCAGCGGCAACUGCAGAAACUGAGAGUGGGGGUUUACCUGUGCUUACUGUGAAGAAGUCCUCUCUCUCACAGCCAUGGACAAAUCACAAGAGGUGCCUGAGCUACCCACGAAGAAAGCUCGGCAUGAUCCAGAAGUUGGUCAAGAGAGUGAUUCAAGGCCGAUGGUUGCUAAGGACUCUCCUGACCGAGGCGAAUCAACAGUUCAGUCAGAGGUCAAUUCUUAUUCACCAUCGUCUGUUGCUCAUUUACACACACCAGCGGCAUGCAAAGACCUCACCACAGCCACUGAAUAUACCUCACAAAUCUAUCAAGGAAACAACACUGCUGUCACUGCAUAUGCCAGUCAAGUGGCUUUCCCAUCCCUGGGCCAGUCGACUGUGUACAGCAGCUUUCCUCAGUCCGGCCAGACGUACGGACUGCCACCAUUUGGUUCUAUGUGGCCGGCAGAGUCCGAAGCGCCCUCUGUUGGCCAUACAGGGUUUCUCAGCUUCAGCUCAGCCUAUACCUCCACCCAAGCCAACCAGAUCCACUACUCCUACCCCAGCCAAGGUUCAUGUUUCACUACAUCCAGUGUGUACACCAACAUCCCCUCAGCAACUGCAGUGACUACAGCCACCACCGCACAUCAGGAGUUUUCAAGUUACAACUCUCUUAGCCAGAGUCAGUUCUCUCAGUACUAUGUUCCGCCUCCCAGUUACCUGCCUGCUGGGUUGCCCAGUAGUGAUAGAGAUGGAGCAGGUGUGGUGGCACCUGGAUAUCCAGCCAUUAAAACAGAAGGCAGUGCCUCAGCAGACCUGCCCAACACAACAGAUGCUUCUCCAGGAGUGACACUCCCCACAGGUGUGGCUCUGCCCGCUGGGAUGGCCCUCCCAACUGGAGCACAAGACCAGGAUGAGCCCAACCGCAAAAACCCUCCUGGCAAAGCUAAAGGCAAAGCCAAAAAAUCAGAAGGCUCACAAUCUACAGACAAUGAUCUUGAGCGUGUCUUCUUGUGGGAUCUGGAUGAAACCAUCAUUAUUUUCCACUCUCUUCUUACUGGCUCGUUUGCACAGAAGUUUGGCAAGGACCCAUCAACGGUUCUUAAUCUGGGUCUGCAGAUGGAAGAGCUGAUCUUUGAGCUUGCAGACACUCAUCUCUUCUUCAAUGAUCUGGAGGAAUGUGAUCAAGUCCAUGUUGAUGAUGUCGCCUCAGAUGACAAUGGGCAGGAUUUGAGUAACUACAACUUCUCUAGCGAUGGCUUCAGUGGGCCCAGUGUGGGUGGAGGUCCAGGAUCCACCGCAGCUGUACAGGGUGGUGUGGAGUGGAUGCGCAAACUGGCCUUCAGGUAUCGGCGUCUCAAAGAGAUCUACAACGGAUUCAAAGGGAAUGUGGGAGGUCUGUUGAGUCCAAUAAAGAGAGACCUGCUGCUCAGACAACGCUCAGAGAUUGAGACUGUCACUGAUGCCUGGCUUAGCACGGCCCUCAAAUCUCUCCUGCUCAUUCAGUCCAGGGGCAGAUGUGUGAAUGUUCUGGUCACCACCACUCAACUGGUUCCUGCUUUAGCUAAAGUUCUUCUUUAUGGCCUGGGUGAUGUCUUUCCUAUCGAGAACAUCUACAGUGCAACUAAAAUAGGAAAAGAGAGCUGCUUUGAGCGUAUUGUCUCUCGCUUUGGGAAGAAAGUGACCUAUGUUGUCAUUGGAGAUGGCCGUGAUGAAGAAUUUGCUGCAAAGCAGCACAACAUGCCGUUUUGGCGAAUCUCUGCUCACGGAGACCUGAUUUCCCUUCACCAAGCUCUGGAACUGGACUUCUUAUAGAUGAAGCAGGAGAAAAGACUUUGAGUUGGUCAACAACCCUGCGGAGAAGACUUCAGCUGCACCAUAACUCUUACCAGCCACAGCAGCUGAGGUGGACUGGAACAUUUGCGGUCCUUGACAAAACUCUAGAAAAUUAUUGUAACUUUGAUCUCGCAAGCCCACCAUUCUCUCAAUGGCAGCUAC